AUCAUCUGACGGGCUCAGCCGUCUCCUCUUUACAGAAACAUGAGCUGCCAUUAUUUGUCAUUGAAAGGUGACUGAAUAUUUUCUUCAAUUGAUGCAAUUUUCAGGGCCGGUCAAAAGUAAGUAAAUAAAAUUUCACAGCAUGAAAAGUUUUGCCAAGAGUUCAAACUCUAAAAUUUCAAUUAUCGAUAAAGGAAUUCUUGCGACAGCAAAUAUAUUGACAGCUGCCAAACACCAACCAUUGAAGUCAUACAUGCGAAGAAGAGACUAAGGAAAAACUUUUUAUCAGAGUUGAAAGUUAACGAAUAUUAAACCAUGCGCCCUCUUACAGAGUCCGAGACUCAGACGCUCUUCGCAAAGCUAGCGAAUUACACCGGGCGUUCUCUUAACCAUCUCAUCGCACCUCCCACCACCUCUGGCGACGAGUCCGCAGAUGAUCGAUAUGUUUUCAGGCUCCACGGCUCUAGGGUCUACUACCUCCGACUCUCGGUAGCGAAUCUUGCGACAUCCAUUGCGAGACCCAACCUGCUAUCAAUAGGAACCUGUCUCGGUAAAUUCACAAAGACUGGAAAAUUCAGAUUGCACAUCACAGCACUGGAUGUUAUAGCACCACAUGCCAGACAUAAGCUAUGGAUCAAGCCUAAUGGAGAGAUGCCUUUUCUGUAUGGUGGAAACAUUGUGAAAGCGCACGUUGGCAGAUGGAGCGAAGAUUGCCCGGAGCAUCAGGGAGUAGUUGUUUUGUCAAUGGACGAUACCCCUCUUGUGAGUCUUAUAUACCCAUGUCCCGCAUGCCUGAUAUUUGCUUAAAUCGAGUAUAUAUAACACGGCUUGCUAAUUCAUGGUUUUCAUAUAGGGCUUUGGGGUAACUGCUCGCUCGACUAUGGAGGCUCGGAAGCUAGAUCCAACUGGAAUUGUGGCAUUUAGACAAGGGGAUAUUGGUGAAUACUUGAGAGAGGAGGAUACCCUUUUUACCACAUAACCGACGCUUCGGCUCUUUAUUUGACAGGUACAUAUUGGCACUGGUGUUUUUGCGCUACCGGAGUUCUAUCGUGAUAUACGGCUUGUACUUUUAAAAGUGAUCUAUCUAUUGAAAAUAUUGUCCUGCUAGUCCUUUUAGUUUUAUGGCUCUUUGAGUACUGGCGCCCCCAAGCCGAAACAGUUAAGCCUCAUCCAGCAAUCUGUAUCUUCAAGCAUUUAAUCUCCUUGCAAUCCGAGUUCCCUUACUUUCAUUGAUGGCAUAUACUUCAGGUUUCUACUUUACUUCAUUCUU